AUGAUAAAACUCAUAGCAUCUUACAAUGAUGAAGUUGCAAGAACUGUGUUAGAAAAGGCUCCAUAUAAUGCUAAAUAUACUUCACAUCAAAUUCAAAAAGAAAUCUUGCAUAUACUCUCAAACAAGAUGAGAAAGCAUAUUUGUGAAGAAAUUGGAGAUUCCAAGUUUUGCAUUGUAGUAGAUGAAGCUCGUGAUGAAUCCAAAAGAGAACAAAUGGCACUUGUUUUGAGAUUUGUUGAUAUACAUGGUUUUAUUCAAGAGCGUUUUCUUGAUCUUGUACAUGUCAAAGAUACUACAUCAUUAACUCUAAAACAAGAAUUGUGCGGCAUUCUUUCUCGACAUGGUCUUGAUGUCUCUAAUAUUCGUGGUCAAGGAUAUGAUGGCGCCAGCAACAUGAGAGGAGAAUGGAAUGGGUUACAAGCAUUAUUCUUAAAAGAUUGUCCUUAUGCUUACUAUAUCCACUGUUUUGCUCACCGAUUACAACUUGCAUUAGUUACUGCAUCAAGAGAAGUUAUUCCUGUGCAUCAGUUUUUUUCAAAAUUGACUUUCAUCGUCAACAUCAUUUGUUCUUCUAAGAUUGAUGAACUUGAAACUGGUAAAGGGGCAAAUCAAAUUGGUACUUUGAAACGAGCAGAUAGUGCUUACAAUACCCUGACCUCAUUUGAGUUUGUAUUGAUCUUGCAUUUGAUGAAAGAUAUGAUGGGAAUAACUGAUAUUCUUUGUCAAGCUUUACAAAAGCAGUCUCAAGACAUAGUUAAUGCUGUGCAACUAGUUCAUUCUACAAAAACACUUAUCCAAAGCAUGAGAGAUGACAGAUGGGAGGAAUUAUUAAAAAAUGUGAAAUCAUUUUGUGAGCAACAUGAUAUUCUAAUUCCUGAUUUAACUGCUUCUUAUGUUGCAAGGCAAGGACGCUCGCGUCACCAAAAAGAUCAUAUUACAGUUGAGCAUUAUUUUAGAGUGGAGAUAUUUUUAGUCACAAUUGAUAAGCAAUUACAAGAGUUAAAUAGCAGAUUUAAUGAUCAAGCAAUGGAUCUACUAAGUCUGAGCUCUACCCUCAAGCCUAAGGAUGCUUACAAAAAUUUUGACAUUGCUAAGAUUUCUACUCUUGUUGAUAGCUACUAUCCCGAAGACUUUACUGAACAAGAGAAGAUUAAUUUGCCUUUUCAGCUUCAGCAUUUUAUUCUUGAUACUUUUUGGAGAAGAUGGCUACCGUUAUGUGAGCUAAUGUUGAAAGGAUGGCACAAGCCAACUGGGAACACUGAUGGAGUGGUAAUGGGCCUGGUGGUGGAGACAACCAAGGAAUUAGGACUCGUGCAGCUGAAGUAA